AUGGCUCCCUAUCCAUACAACGUGCAAACGACAACCCCUGAUCUCCAAUACGAGACCUUCGAUGGUGCUAAAUUUGGUUACAUGUUCUGGCCCGUUCAGAACGGUAACAAUAAAGUCAAAGGCAGAGUUCUACUAAUUCAUGGGUUUGGUGAGUACACAAAGAUUCAGUUCCGACUCAUGGACCACUUAUCCCUCAAUGGGUACGAAUCAUUUACGUUUGACCAGAGAGGUGCUGGCGUUACAUCAACGGGAAAAUCGAAAGGUGUAACAGACGAGUACCAUGUGUUCAAUGAUCUUGAGCAUUUUGUUGAGAGGAACCUACGCGAGUGUAAGGCUAAAGGCAUUCCCCUGUUCAUGUGGGGUCAUUCGAUGGGUGGUGGUAUUUGUCUAAACUAUGCGUGCCAAGGUAAGCACAAGAACGAAAUAAGCGGAUAUAUCGGUUCAGGUCCGUUGAUAAUUUUGCAUCCGCACACUAUGUAUAACAAAGCAACGGAGAUAAUGGCUCCAUUAUUAGCCAGGUUUUUACCUAGAGUGAGGAUCGACACUGGGUUAGAUUUGAAUGGGAUCACAUCCGAUAAAACGUAUCGUGAUUUCCUGGGGAGCGAUCCAAUGUCCAUUCCACUAUACGGGUCCUUCAGGCAAAUGCACGAUUUUAUGCAACGUGGUGCCAAGCUGUAUAAGAACGAGGACAACUACAUUCAGAAGAACUUUGCAAAAAAUAAACCCGUCAUUAUUAUGCAUGGGCAAGACGACACAAUCAACGACCCUAAGGGAUCUGAAAAGUUCAUCCAAGAUUGUCCCUCCAAGGACAAGGAACUGAAGCUGUACCCGAACGCAAGACACUCCAUCUUCUCGUUAGAGACAGACAAGGUCUUUAACAUAGCGUUCGACGACAUGAAACAGUGGCUGGACCGCCACAUAGCAACGGAGGCCAAACCGUAA